AGAAAGACUGUCCCUUAUUUGGCAUCACGUUGAUGUGUGAUUCAUGGACUGGUCCGACGAGGAUGAGUGUCAUCAACUUCUUGAUAUAUUGCAAUGGGGUCAUGUGGUUCUAUAAGUCUAUUGAUGAGACUGGAAGAACUCAAGAUGCUGCAUAUUUGUUCAAGGAGAUUCGAAAGGUGGUGGAAGAGAUUGGACCGGAGAAUGUCGUGCACGUAGUCACCGACAACGGCUCGAACUACAAAAAAGCAUACAAGGAACUACUAAGUGACGUGUAUGACCACAUAGCUUGGACACCUUGUCUAGCACACACCGUCAAUUUGAUGUUGAAGGAUAUAGCUCGAAGGCCUGAACAUGGUGUUAUCAUCAAGCAGUGCAAGCGAAUUUCAAAUUGGUUACACAAUCAUGGUCAGUUGAAUACAAUGAUGAGGAACGCAAUCGGUGGUGAGUUGGUCAAGUGGUAUGCCACUCGAUUUGGAACCAACUACAUGUUCCUAGAGAGCAUCUAUCGAAAACAUGAUCGUUUCAUGCAGUGGAUGGCAUCUACUGAGUUCCAACACAGCAAAUGGGCGAAUACCGAAGAUGGUAGAUAUAUUCAUGCAAGUUUUUCAAGUAUGAAGUGGUGGGAUGCAAUGAAAUAUAUCAUCGACAUGGUUCAACCAGUAUACAAGUUCCUUCGCUUCGCUGAUCAGGACAAGAAGCCGAACAUGUGCAAAGUCGUGAUGGCCUACCAGACUAUGAAACAGGAGCUGCAGUCUUUCUUUGGAACAUAUGUUUCCACACUGAAAGAGUAUAUUGAGGUGGUGGACGAGAGGUUGGGUAACGUGUUCAUAAGCACGUAUGUGGGUCCAGGUAAGCACACACGAGUUGCAGAAGGGGCCUAAGAAGGGCGACCCGAAGCGUCGAAAAGGCAAAGGAACAGUAAUACCAGUGAGCAGCGAUACCGAGACUGAUGAUGGCGAAUGUGAGCGUAGUCCUCCAUAUCAGGAGUCUGAGGAUAGCUGCUCGGCCGAUGAUGGUGAUGAUGGUGACGGUGCUGAUCCUGAUGCUGGAGGUAGUGGUAGUGGUGCUCAUGCUGCUACUGCUACUGGUA